AUGCCCGCACUCCAACACCAGAAGUCUCAUUACCUUCUCCCACUCAACAGCACGAUCUUCAAGUCAAAGUCGUCCACCAACUUACCUUCGACCAACCAGCGCAAUAUCUUUGCCAAGUCGACGACCACCCUUGCACACAAUCCCAUAGAAGAGCCAGAUGAAGAACUCACCGCCCUCCCACCUCCACCCGCGCCGGCUAAACCCAUUCCCCGCAAGCCAAAUACGCAAGAGCUAGUACCCUCCACAGUGAGGGUGCAAGGCGCAGCCGAGAAUCCAGAGGACGCCCCACAUCAGGCGCUUAGGUGCUCUAGGAGCAUGGGCGACCUGGAGGGUGGCGAUGUGGAGGCCGGUGAUGAGAAGAGGAAGGAAUCUGUAUGGCGACGUCUAUUUGAGGCGCUCAAGAAGCCCUUCCGCAAGGAGAAAGAACCGGUUGAGAAGCCGAGGGAGCUGGUCAUAGGCGGACCAACCGACUUUAAGCACAUCAAGACUGGCACCGCUUGCCUACCUAGCCAACCUGCACCUCAGAUCGAAGACGAUGAGGGAGACACCUCAGGCGACUGGGAGACCAUGCGCCCUUCUGAGUCUACCGUUCGUGCUUCCGAGUCUUUCCUCCACUAG